CAGAAGGGUCUAUGAUCCGGCGAAUGAAAAUGUUCGUGGGCAAACUGACCUACAUUAAAUCAAGCUAGGCUGUACUAAGGAAUGUUAUUGCGUCAGAUACGUUUUGAGUUUUUACACGUUCUCUGUUAGAAAAUCUCCCUAUCUUUCUCGUCGCGAUGGCUGUUGCGGAACUGGUUGCAAAAUGCCUGCAGGCACGCAACAUGGCUUAUUGUCCCUAUAGCCGCUUCCCAGUUGGUGCUGCAAUCUUGACUUCAGGGGGUACCAUAAUCACAGGCUGCAAUGUAGAGAAUGCUUCAUAUGGCCUUACAGUAUGUGCAGAGAGAACAGCCAUACAAAGGGCUGUCUCUGAAGGCCACAGAAGUUUUACAGCCAUAGCAGUCACAUGUGAUAUUAAAGACAGUUUUGUGGGACCAUGUGGGGCCUGUCGACAGGUGUUAAUGGAGUUUGGUGCUGAAUGGGACAUUUACUUGACAAAACCUGAUGGAUCCUAUAAGAAAACAAGUCUGAGAGAGCUUCUGCCUUUAGAGUUUGGCCCACGUCACCUGGCAAAAGAAUAAAGAAUAAACUUCAGAAGCCUGUCUGAACCUUUUAGUACAGCCCAUUUGUUUUUGGUUGUUUUAAUUUUUCUAGGUCAUCAUUCUCACCCUUCUUACCCAAGCUCUUUGUAGUUUUUGUGAUGCUAAAGUCUUUGUGAUUCUGAAAAUAUCACUUUUUGUCAUUUUUAGUGCCUCCAUAAAAACUGAUCUAACCUUUA